AUGCUAGCAUUCAUACUCAAGCUGUUUUCUGUGAAUGUGCAAGACUCCUGCUUCAUUAGCCACAAGUUCUUGAAGCAUCCUUCCUCUGAUCGGUUAAGAGGCACAGAGGACUUGUUCGCCCCACCCUCCCCAGCCGUUUCACGACAAUGGACCUAUCGUGACGGGAAACUGGUCAAUCUACCUGUCAGUCUCCUGGUGGAGGGUGACAUUAUCUCUUUACGCCCUGGCAGUGAAGCGCCAACUGAACUAAGAGGAAUUCAGGAAGAGAAGCAUGUUGUUUUAUCCCAAGGUGAUGUGUUUAGUCAUCUCUCCUCUCCCCCUUCGCCAUUGGACAGUGGAAGGCCCCGCCCACAUCGUUUGCUCCAACCACAGCUCUUCAGGGUAACAAAGACUCCAGCGGCUGAGGUGGUUCAGAGGUGUUUGGAGCUUUCUCAAGACAGACCCGUGUCUGUUCUGGAUAAUGAACGAUUUACUGUGCAAAGUUUACUAGAAAGAGGCCCAGCGCCUUUUGUGCUGGUGCUGCUUCUGGUGCUGAAUCUGUUGCGUAUUUUGUUUGGCGCUCCUGGUGUGGGACCGUGGCCUGUCACACUCCUGCAGCUACCUGUGAAUGGUGUUUUGCCUCUGUUGCCCCUCACUUUCCCCCUGCUUUGGGUUCUUGUGUGCAUGUACGGAGAGGCCCGUGUUCUUUUACAGAUGGGCUCUCAGCCAGCGGACUGGUGGGUCCUGUGUUGUGUUGAUAAGCAGGGUAUUCUCUCAUGGCCCAGUCCAAACCCUGAGAAGAUUCUGUUCUUUAGCAAGUCCACCUCAUCACAAGAGACAGAAAGACAGAGGCAAAAAGAGGCAAAGAGAGAAAGAGGCAAAGAAACUGAAGAGGUUGGCCUAAAGGAUGCCAUUCAGAUCCGCUCACUCUGCAGUCUGCAGAUGUUAAGUUUGUCGGUGGGUCAGGCUCAGUGCGAUGACACACGGGUGCAGUUUGAUGACACAUGCUGGCAGCGUCACGCCCCCUCUCUUCGGCCUCUGGGAUUGGCUGUGCAGUUGGUCCUCUGUGACCCUGGAGUCGCCACCCGCAUACUCCGCCUCUCCGACCACCUGACCCAUGCCGCGCUGGUGCGCACUCGACCCCCAUGUCAGCCGGUCCACCCACCCUGGGGCCUCUGCCAUCUACCGAGGAUUCUGGGCUUCUCCACCUCUGCGAAGGAGCCUUUCGAGCAGAGAAUGAGUGUGGCAGCCUACACCCUGCCCUCUAUCUCCUGCCCUGGAGACCCGGGGAACAUUGCUCCACCUUCUGUGUCAAUGAGACGGCUUCCUUUCUCACAUCUCAUAGCACUGCUGGUGCACCACACUUACACCGGUGAUCUUCAGUUGUUCUCAUAUGGCUCGGCUGACAUAAUUUUGGGUGCAUGCACUGAAUUCUGGGAUGGAGAGGAUAUUCAACCCCUCACAGACUCCGACAGGAAGAAAGUGGUGGAUUUUUAUCAGCGUUCCUGUAUGGCUGGUCAGUGUGUUGCUGUUUCCUUUAAGCCGCUGUUACAACCACAUGACCCGGAAAUAGAUGACACCUGUGUGGAACUGCCUUUGAACCACAGUACUGACACUACAGAUGACGUCUCUAUCACACCCCUCAGGCAGCAGAUCUUUUUGGGUCUGGUGUCCUCACAGUACCAAGCCCUUCCUGAUAUGGUCAGACUUAUCUCAGGGCUGGACAGUGCUUGCAUUCGUUUUGUCUAUUUUUCCAGUGAAGAGGAAGUUCGGAGUAAGGUGUUUGCUGAGAAAAUGGGACUGGAGACGGGAUGGAACUGUCACAUCUCUCUCCAAUCAGAGAGCUUCCCUCUCGACCCAGAUAAUGUGGAGGAGCCGGUGACCGAGGAAGAGGAAGAAAUUCUGCUGAGAGACAGUACCAGAGAGAGGGCAGAGUCAAGAGCAAUGGAGCAUGAUGGAGCAUGUCUCAUCGAGGACCUAAACAGGGCCAAACUUCCAAAAGGAAUAGAGAAUGUGAGGCCACAUCUGGAGAACAUUGAUAAUGUUCCGUUGCUGGUUCCUUUAUUUACAGACUGCACAUCACAGACUGAAUGUGAGAUGGUGUGUAUCAUGCAGGAGUAUGGAGAGGUCGUGUGCUGCCUCGGGAGCAGUCAAAAUAUCAACAAUAAUGAAAUUUUCUUACAAAGUGAUAUCAGCAUUGCUUUAGAUCCUCUGGUUCCCACAUGUUGUUGGUCCAAUUCUGAUGCAGCUGAUGCAGCUUUGAACACAUCAGACUCUUUGAGUGUAAUUCAGCUCUCUAGCGCCAUCUGUGGGUUGGCCUGCACAGUACAGUUUAACCAACAAGACAACAACACCGUCAUCAGACUCAUCAAACAGGCACGUCACACCACGGCAGGCAUCAGAAAGUGUUUUCUGUUUUUGCUCCAGUGUCAGCUGUUCCUUGUCCUCAUUCAGAUACUGGCAUGUGUGUGUCAACUUCCUCCUCCUCUGGGCACAAGUGAUGUCCUCUUUCUGUCCUGUUUCUAUUUUCCCUUACUGAGUGUGUCCCUUCUGGGAAAGCCAUCUGACAAUUCCAUCAUGAAAGUUCCUACUGGGAAAAAUCUCAGAUUCCUACCAAAAAAGACAUUGCGGCUGUUUGUGCUGUGUUUCCUGGUGAAGUUUGGUCUUACUGUGUGCACCUUCCUCACAUGCUUUGGCCUCAUGCUGCACAGCUUCUGUCUUGAUAUUAACCAUCAAGAUGAAGAUCUGUGUCACCCAGCAUCACUGCUCAUGAAUUCAACAGUGUGGUCUCCCGAUUGGUACGGCAAUCACUCAGAUGGUCUAAGUCUGGCACAGAAAGUCAUCGCCUUUCUUGUGCUGCUCAAUGCCAUGUGUACAUCUAUCAGUCAUGUGCAUCGCUCAGCUCCCAUGUGGAAACAGAGCCCUCUGAGCAACCGUUGCUGGUGUGCGGUCGUCUGCAUUGUGCCAGUUCUUAAUGCUUCUUUUGCAAUGGUGUCCCGCUUCUUGUGGCAUGACCCUGACCUCCACCACAUGUUCUGUAUCUCUGAUAUUCCCAUGGCAUCCUGGGUGAUAGGAAUCCUCUGGCUGAUCCCGCUGGUCUUUAUCAAUGAGGGCAUCAAACUGCAUGAGAUCAGGAUGAGGGUGAGAUACCAGAAACGACAGAAGCUUCAGUUCGACACCAAACUCGGCAUGAACUCCCCUUUUUGAUACGUCUGUCAAAAACAAGUCACAAAAAUACAUGCACCCUUUCAUAUUGACACCACACAUUAGAAUGAAAUAAAAUACAUAUUCAGUAUUAACAGUGUUGACCUUUAGGUGGCAGUACUGCAAUGAGAACAACAUUAGCAACCUGACACUCUCUCCAGUCUGCAGAUGCUAAUUUCAUUUUAUCAACAUGAAGUUUUAUCACCUUAUUUACUUUGAAGUUAUUUUACUGCAUGGUGACACCUCAACCUCUCAUGGUGAUUUGUUUCCCAGUUUAGAGAGGUUAAUCUUUCAGAUUUUCUUGAUUACCUUAUAAUCAGGCUUUAACUACAUGUAUUAUUUUAGUUUUUAGUUUUUUUAAUGACUCAAUCAGUCAAAACCUUUGAUUAGUAUUAUACUUUUCAAGUAUAAAGUCCUUAACAUAAACACAGCACAGCAUAUGUCUAUGCUAUUGUCCAUGCCUCCUAAUAAAAUAUACUGACAGUUGAUGUUAUCAUAA